UGACCAAGAAAGAAAGACAGGAGGAAAAAAGCUGAAUAAAAAUCAUCAUGGAGAAAUAACAAUAGAGCAGAAUCAAUGUCGCGUUAAUCAGUGCUACGGCUGAGUUCUAACUGAGUGUAUCGUCGUUUAGUAGGCAACGCAAAUAACGACAAAAUUCAAGAAACGGGGAAAUUAAUUUUGCGCGUGUUAAUAAAAUCUAAUUUAUUUAUACCUACCUAUACAUUUAUGUAUAUAAAUAUAUAAUUUUAUAUAUAUAUCUAUAUAUUUUAAUGAUAAAUAGUUGAUUGAUUGAUUAAAAUACGUUAGAGAAUAUCUUCAAUAACAAUGUCUGCUCAAACACAACAGAAGGAAUUGCCGCCCUUAAAAAGAGCCGCUUUGCAAGUGGUGGCUGGCGGCUCAGCCGGUUUUGUGGAAGUAUGUAUUAUGCAACCCUUGGAUGUGGUCAAAACGAGAAUGCAAUUGGGUGGAGGAGCGCAUCAAUAUAAAGGCGUUUUCGAUUGCUUUGGCAAAAUGUAUCGCCAAGAAGGUUUAUUCUCCUUCUGGAAGGGUAUCCUGCCACCCGUUAUAGCCGAAACCCCUAAGAGAGCUAUUAAGUUUGUAAUUUUUGAACAAACCAAACCCCUGUUUCUGUUUGGAGCUCCUGCACCCACGCCAUUGACUUUCUCUUUAGCUGGUCUCACUGCCGGUGUGCUGGAGGCCAUUGCCGUCAAUCCCUUUGAAGUGGUUAAGGUAGCCCAACAGGCUGAUAAAUCGAAAAUGAAGGAGGCCCAAAGCACCUGGGCGGUUACAAAACAAAUCAUACAGAAAGAUGGUUUCGGUUUUCGUGGUCUGAAUAAGGGUGUCACUGCUACCAUGGGUCGUAAUGGUGUCUUCAAUAUGGUGUACUUUGGUUUCUAUCACAGUGUCAAAAAUAUUGUUCCCGCCUAUGAUGAUCACACCAAAGAAUUCUUCCGUAAAGUAGCCAUUGGCUUCACCUCCGGCACUUUGGCCUGUUUCGUAAACAUUCCCUUCGAUGUGGCGAAAUCUCGCAUCCAAGGUCCCCAACCCCAACCCGGUGUUAUUAAAUACAAAUCCACUUUCGGUUCCAUACGUAUGGUGUAUCGCGAAGAAGGCUUCCGGGCUUUGUACAAGGGUCUGGCACCCAAGGUCAUGCGUUUGGGUCCGGGUGGUGCCAUUAUGUUGCUGGUAUUUGAGUACGCCUACGAGUUCUUGCAAAAGAAGUGUGUUUAGACCAGGCUGCAGGGAGUAAAUGAAUGAACGAAUGAAUGCAUUAAAUACACAAUUCUAAAUGUGUAUAUAUAAAUAAAUAUAAAUUAUUUUUUGACUGUGUACUUUAUAAUUAUAAUAACUAUGUUGUUUAUAAGAUUUGAUUAAAGAUUUUGUUAUUUUUUCUAAUGUUUAAACUA